UAUGGCUGGUUUGUCAGACUAUUGAUGCGGUGGUUUGAAUCACGUUUGAAUUGAAGUGCGAAGCUUUGCGUGUAAUUUUUUUAUCCUUGAUUAGGUUCGGUAAUAAUUAUUAACCAAUGGACCUUUAAGUUAGGUGUAUAAUUAGUGAAAAAGGUGUGAUUGUGUGUAAAAUUAGUAAUCAUGGUUUUGGCUGAAAGGAGUAAUGAUGUACGGAACGGGAAGCGUUCGAGAGGGCCAAGCCCGAAUGGUCAUGGUAGCCCUGACUCGAGUUCGGAAGAUGAAAACGUAGUGCCAUUUGCAGCUGAAAAAAUUAGAGUGGGCCGAGAUUACCAGGCAGUGUGUCCUGAGUUGGAACCCUUGGAGCAAAGGAAACCAGAUCUAAUAUCUGAUAGAGCUCUACUUGUGUGGUCGCCUACGUCUGAUAUUUCAGAUAUCAAAUUGGACGAGUACAUAACUAUAGCUAAAGAAAAAUAUGGUUACAAUGGUGAACAAGCUCUUGGUAUGCUAUUCUGGCAUAAACAUGAUCUUAAUCGUGCGUCAAUCGACCUUGCAAAUUUUACUCCUUUCCCUGACGAAUGGACAGUAGAGGAUAAAGUGCUCUUUGAACAAGCUUUUCAGUUUCAUGGAAAAAGUUUUCACAGAAUAAGACAAAUGCUGCCGGAUAAGUCUAUUGCAUCCCUGGUAAAAUAUUACUACUCGUGGAAAAAAACCAGAGCUCGUACAUCUCUAAUGGAUGUUGUAAGUGAAGGUCGUAAUCCAACUGGCUCUGGUAGUGGGAAAAGAGAAUCCAAUGCUGGCUCUGAACCAGGUGGUUCAGAUAAAGAUUCCGAUAAUGAUGAGAAGAAGUGGACUUUACACCGUGGUAUAGUCCGCGGAGGCAGGCCUCUGCCGGGCGGCGGCUCGCUCCGUGCCGGUCAGCAAGGCGAGGGCGAGGGAGGCGGUGAGGCGGGCAAGUGGUGCACCGUGUGCGGCAUUCUCUGUUCGCAGACCACGCAACACAACUCGCACAAGUUGUGUCAGGCAUGCCUCGUGCACGCCAGACGCACGGGCACGAUGAGGCCGCUGUGUGGGCCGGCGGGGCGGCGCGGGCCCGGCAAACAGCAGCGGUACAAGCACCGCCUGCCGCGCGGUAUUUACAUCAAUCACGACGAUCUCGUGGCCAUGGCGACCGGCCCUCAACCCGGCGAGCCUUCAACCAACCAGCCGGGGGUGGUCAACCAGGGCGAAGCUAUGCUCAGAGCCAUGGACAGGGAGAUUAUCUCGCUCAAGAGACAAGUUCAACAAAAUAAGCAGCAACUAAGUGCUAUGAAGCGCAAAGUAGGGGACGCAGGUGUGGAAGAGUUGCGACCGGGUGAGCCCCCCGCAAAAAUUAAUUCGCGCUGGACUAAUGACGAAUUACUGAUGGCAGUCACGGCUGUUCGAAAAUAUGGUAAAGAUUUCCAAGCGAUCGCAGAAACGCUUGGAACAAAGACGGAGGCUCAUAUACGCACAUUUUUCCUUUCAUAUCGCCGUCGGUACAAUUUAGACGCGGUGCUACGUGAACAUGAAGCUGAUCGCGGAAAUGCUAAUCACAUACAAGCUGGUACAACAAGCACAGAAUCUACUGAAAAUGACGUAGACAAUGGUAAUGCCAAUAAUACUACAGACUCACCACAAUCUAACACAAAGGAUGAAAAUACUGAGGUGGACAGCGAAGGUGUUGCUAUCGGUGCUUCAGCAGAGCAGGGCGGACCGCCCACCACACCGCCCAAACACAAGCCCAGCAAGUGAUGCUCACCAUGUCACCAAUAACGCUAACAAAGAGACUCACCUGCGGGGUUAUAUAACACGAUUGUCAAAUUCGUUUGUCCACUAAUCAAAUUAUAUGAAAAUUAAGUUACUUUUCUGCAAGGUAUGGGAACAUUUUUUUUUUAUUUCCAUAUAUUUUGAUUUGUUGAUAAUGAUGCUGAGCAGACGGUUUUCAUAUUUAGGCAACCAAUUUUUGUGCUACGUUUCUCAUAUUUAGGAAUAUAUAUUUAUAUGAUGUUAAAAAAAAUUGCAUCAGCUCCAAACGAAUUUGUCGAUUGCUAAGGUUUGCCUUGCCUCUUCAUUUUUUAUCACACCCAUAAAAUAAAAGACAAUUGUGUGAAAUUGUAUUUGCUAAUGUAAUUGCUAGUAUUAAUGUUCUUUAUGUUUGAAAAUCAUGCCACAUCUAUUAUAAAAAAAAAAUUAAAUAGUAAUUUGUUAACGGACAAAUCUAAUUUAAAAAUCACAUUGAAUUUACUCAUAGUGUAAUGAAAAUCUAACACAAACAUUAAAAAGAUGUGUCAUUUUAAAGUGAAUAUAUUUAAAUAAUCAAAAAAAAAAAAAAAAAAAAAAAAACAGCAAGAGACAUGAAUGAUCAAUAUAUCUAGGUAUCUAGCUUUUUAAUUUCUAAUGGUGUGCAAAAAAAAAAUCAUGAAUUCUGUUCAAUGUAAAUGAAAAUUGAAGAAAAUUCAAGAUGUUUAAUUGCUUCUCGUUUCUUGUAAAUAAUUCUGACUUGUAAGUAAAAAAAGACAGAUCUUAUGGAAAGUGUAUUUUUAUGAUGAAUCUUAUGAUUCAUUGUCUAGAUUUAAAACUUGACACAUAUUAACACAUCCAAUAUUAAAUAAUCCUAUGAAACACUAAGUACUAUAACUGGAUAUUAGUAAA